GAUCAUCUUUAAGUUCGGAACACCCCUAGUCCGAAGUCGUUUUCUUGUGCGUGUCGCCCGAAGCCGGCCGAGGGUCAUCGUCAUUGUUCAAACAAUCGAUACCUACUGCAACAAUGGGUUAGUUACGAUAGUUCCUUCAAGUGUCAUCGAUGGCACGUGAGAGUGUGCCUUUUAGAUAUGUUGGCGUUGCCACUGCGUGUGACAUGUGUCCAGUGCAUCAGAAGCUGAAGCGCCAAAAUUCGGGUCUCCCACGGAUGGAGUCCAUAUCUCGCUUCGGUAGCAUUCCGGUGGUGGAAACUGGACUGAAAACCGCCAACACAGUUUAUCAAAAGGUUAAGGAGAGCAACGGUUUGUUCAACUGGGGAUUCGAAACGGCCGAGGCCAUUACUUACGCUUUCGUGGACUCUUUGCGACCGGCUGCGAAGCUGAUCGAAGGACCAUUGCAUCGUUUGGACUACUUAAUGUGCAGAAGCUUAGACUUUGUCGAGCAGAAAGUUCCCUCAAUGUAUCUUCCUCCGGAGAUGGUGAGUAGUGUGAUGUACUGGAACACCAAGGAGUACAUGUCAGAUCGUUUGGUUAAACCGGUGCUCAGCCGAGCGAAUUCUAUGAAGCAUCUCGGGCAUGCAGUGCUUGAAUCCCGCGUAUCGAACUAUGCAGCAGGACGUCUGGAUGGGGCUCUGAAUGUGUGCGAUAAAUACGUGGAACGAUACCUUCCAGUAGAGCCGGAACCCUCCGCAGAUCAGCCCGACUCCCGCAAUCCAACGCAACAUCCGUCUGAUGACUCGCACGUUAUUCAAACCAUCCACCGUGGCCAGCUUAUCUCGCGUAAAUUGAAGCGCCGACUCACAUUCCGCACCCGCCAAGAACUGACAGCCCUGAAGAAACAAAGUACCGAAGCCGUGCACGUGGUAUUCUACGCAGCGGAACUAAUCGCCACCAAUCCACGCUUGGCCAUGCAGAAAAGUGUCGAACUGUGGCAGUACCUUAGUGCCGACGAGCCGGAAAAUCAAGCCCGCCCCAAAACCCUCGAACAACUGGUGGUCCUGCUGACACGUGAAUCCGUCCGGAAAAUGGUUCAUCUGAUAAACUUCACCGCUGGCACCGUUACCAAGAUCCCCAAGACUGUUCGUUCACAGACGCGCGAGCUGUUGCAUCACAUGAUGUUUGCCACCAAUCGGCUGAUCAAGGCAGCGCACCUGGAAAAUGCUAAGAAUGCGACGAUUACAGAAGCUACUGGACUGAUGCACCGCAUUCAGCACACAUAUGAAGAACUACAGAACCAAACCAAUGUGACUCUGGAACGUUUAGCAGUCUUUCUUUCCGGUCGUUUGGAAGCAGAGAAGAUCACAACGACCGACAACCCCCGGCGACGGAUCCAAAACCGAGCGCACAAUAAUCCAAUGCAUGCUAGCAUCAAUGGCGUUUAUUAGUGUGCGGACGGCCGAAGUUCUGAGCAGGCAACUACGCGAGGAUCCAUCCCACGAGCCCCUGCCCCUGGUGGACGGAAUGCACUGGAUCAAUGGACGUGAUUGACAUAUGUUAUUGUACUAAACUUUGCAACGCAGGAGAAUAAUGUUUGGUUUAGGUAUUAAUGUUAUUACUUGUACUUGUUAAUAAACAUUCCAUUUCAAUUAAAAUUCACAAAA